CAUCACACUGGAGACCCCGUUGAGAGGAUAUUUUCUCUCUAUAAAGAGAAGACACAGCUCGGGCUUCUUUGAGAUGUUCACACUGGAUAUUUACAGAGCACAGCUCUGUUGAUAACUUCAGAUAUCAACUCAUCUGAACUGUCUGCAGUAAUAUUAACCCGGUGGAGCUGCGGAAGUUUUGGAUGAAACGGGAUUUCCCAGAUUAACGCUCAUCUGAAUUGCCGGAUUCGAUUAAGAUCCUGAAUGCGCACAUUUUGCCGCAUCUUCAGCUAUAGUUUCAGAUUUUGUACGUUCUCAAAGCAGUUUGUGCUGCAGGUGGUGAAAAGGAGCGCAAGGACAGAUGGCUGCACUCACGAUACAGAGGACUGACAACUUUUUACACACCUUUUUGCAGGACCGGACGCCCAGCUCCUCUCCGGAGGGAGCGUCAAACGCCCUCUCCUUCCUGGCCACCACCUGCAGCCAGGCCUGGCAGGUGGGCGGCUCUAUGGGCUCAGAGGGGUCACAGUUUCCCUAUGAAGGCACCGUCAGCUCCACAUCUGGAAUGUUUCAGCUCUGGAGCAACGACAUGGCUCCCAGUACGGCCCUCAGCACGCACCAGAUGACCUUCACGGUGCCAAAGGUGCAGUUUCCUGGGCACAUGCAGUCUGGCCUGGGUCACCCUCAUCAUCAUCACCACCACCAUCACCCCCAUCAUCACCACCACGAGCUGCCUCUUACCCCUCCAGCUGAACCUGCGUCCUCCUACUCCUUUGAACUGUCCCCUGUUAAGGUGCUGUCUUCGCAGCCGCAGUCCACCAGUCCUUAUUAUGCCCAACACAACAGCGUGGGACAAAACUUCCCCAGCUUUCUGCAGAAUUCCUCCGCCAGGCAUCACCUGUCUGGCGGCCAUGUGGAGGACGGGCAGCAGUGGUGGAGCCUCCCUCAAACCAACACCACUCAGACCAACCACCCGUUCUCCUUGGGCAGGCAACUGGUUUUAGGUCACCAGCCGCAGAUAGCCGCUCUCCUCCAAGGAACUUCCAAAGGUUUGCUGAGCUCCACGCGUCGCUGCCGGCGAUGCAAAUGCCCAAACUGCCAGACCAGCGGCGGGGGGCUGGAGUUCGGCAAAAAGAGACUGCACAUCUGCCACAUCCCAGAGUGUGGCAAAGUGUACAAGAAGACGUCCCACCUGAAGGCGCACCUGCGCUGGCACGCCGGGGAGAGGCCCUUCAUCUGCAACUGGCUCUUUUGCGGCAAGAGCUUCACCCGCUCGGACGAGCUGCAGCGGCACCUCCGCACGCACACCGGGGAGAAGAGGUUCGGGUGCCAGCAGUGUGGCAAGAGAUUCAUGAGGAGCGACCACCUCUCCAAACACGUGAAGACCCACCAGAGCAGGAAGGGUCGGUCCGGGCAGCCCUCACAGAGCACAGACCAGAUGCUCACCAGUAUUAAAAGAGAGUGAUCUGCUUCAUACAGAUACAAUAAAGCAAGACUGUGAGAAUCACACUUACUGCCAUAGGUUUGCACUACAGGGUAAGCGCUCCCUGGAUGUUAUUCUUUCUUGUCAGAAUCCUGCUUUUAGACUCAUCUGGACUCAUCUGAAAAUACAAUGAUUGAGUAGAAACCCUUAAAUUAAAGUGUUGAAGUGAUAUUAUGAUAGUUAAACAUGGAGGAUUUUACCGUUCAUAAUGUAAAUCUCAUUUAAUGUCAACUGGUGUGAAAGUCUAUUUUUUCAGACAUUAUCAUGUACAUUUUACACUAUGUUAAAGAGCUGAUGACACAAAACUGACAGGGUUCCACCCUAAUAUGUUCUCCAAAUAAUUAAGUGAUACAUACAUAUAUGCCUUAGCAGAAAAACUGCAAUUACCCUGAAAUUGUAAAAAAGAAAUUGCACAAAUAUCGCUCAUGAUAACUCAGUUUUCAUUCCAGAUUUUCCCAACUAAAGCCCACAAUGUGUUUGGACACUCUUUCAUCUACAGAUUUAUCUGCUCUUAAGUGGCAAAGUGAUAAGAUAUCCUGCAGAUUAACCCUUUUUAACUUUAAAAUUGUUUGUAAAUUAUGUAUACAUUUUCUGAACAGUUAUAUUUGGGUUUUGGCAGCAUGUAAAUUUUAAUAAACACUGUCAUGGAAACAA